GGCUUGAAGAGAGCAAGAAAUAGGCUAAAUAUUGUGAAGCAGACAUGGCUGGUCCCAACAUCUGGCAAGUUACUAGUGGAGAAAACAUGUAGUGUGUGAACUUGAAUGAAGGGAGUUGUUCUUGGAGGAGGUGGGACAUGACAGGAUCACCUUGCCACCAUGCAAUAGCUGCUAUGCAGAAGAUAAAAGUUCACACCCUGAAGAUUAUGUGCAUCCAUUCUUUAAGAAGGAAAUGUACAAGGCUGCAUACCAACACAUCAUCUACCAUGUUCCUGGUCAUGAAUUCUGGCCAAACACAAACACAUGAGACAUAGAGCCACCAGUAUUUAGGGAGAAGAAAAGGGAGAAGCAGACAACUAGGAAAAAGGGUUAGUUUGAAGUGCCAACUCCUAAGGAUACAUCUAGGAUGGGCACAAUAACCUGCAUUAACUGCAGCAAUCAACACACUUCCAAGGCAUCAUCUGGUGCAGUGAGCAUUUGGGAACUUCCUCCAUGGGAGCACCAAGGAACGAUGGCUCGAGGAUGAUGUCAGGUGUCUCCUACACACGGUAGAAGCUAAAUCAGUCAAAGAAUCCAUUCAAUAUUUACAGAUCCAUCAAGCACUGCCUAAACCAAAGAUUCAACCAAGGAAUCCAUCCAUAGUUGCAAAUCCUCAACCCUAAAUCCAAAAUCAAAUGAACCCUAACCCUAAUUCUAAGUAAUGGAGAGGGACAAGAGAGGAUGAUACUUACAAAGUACUCCAUAUCCAUUAGGUUUCCGCCCAUGUUGUCGUUGUCGGAGCUCUCUUCCACAUCAUUCCAAGAAGACAUCCUUGCCGGCGACGAGGAAGAAGGUGGUCGGCGACGAAGGCGAGCAAGGGCAUGGGAGAACAGAGCGAGGAAGAGAGUGAGAGUGAGUGUGAGUGAGAGAGAGUGAGCGAGAGGAGCCCGGCCGGCUCGGUCCUUUUGACCCCGGUCGGAACGAAUUGCUCUAACGGCCGUCCGCAUGCGCGCCGUCAUCCCCUGGCCGACAGAAGCCCGACGGGCGGGCCCUACAUGUCAUAAACGCAAUUAAAAUGUAACCGUUCGGCCACUUGGGUUUUUAAAGCAGCGUACCACUUUUGCGGUAGUUUUUUGAAAGAUUAAAAAGAGUGAUAGUUUUCUAUGGUCAACACAUGUAACGUGGUAAUUUUUUUGCUACAUACUCUUUUUGUGACAAUGCCAAUUAUAUCAUAUAGGGAACACAUGUGCAGGCAGACUCCUCGUUGUCGAUGGGAACAACGGCCUCACAAAAAGAAAAUCUGCAGUCCAUUCUGAAGAGAGACAAACUUGAAUGGGUUAUUUGAUUUUUCUUAGAAAAAGCUUCUAUCAUGUGGUCAACCUAUGUGCCGUGUUUCACUCACGAUGCCUAUUGCUCCUCCAACUAUUGGAACUCCCUGCCGGUCUUUCCCUCUUCCUAUGAAAGUAAAAUAACAUGUGAUACUCGAAAAAAAACUAGUGGAUUAUUAAGCUGACAACGCAUCCGCUCAGAAUACGGAGAGAUGCACAAAAUGGAUUAUUGGCACUAACGGCUGGAUAUUAUUCUCAACAGAUGCAAGGUGUGCAAAGCCUAUAAAAUUCAUUAUGUCAUGUUAGCACUAAGCUAGAACUGCAGCACAUGGUCACAGGUCACUGUGCCACCCCCUGACACCCUUAUAAGUCGUGAUGUACGAGACCACGUAUAUCAUUCCUACACAAAAGAUGCUAACAAAAUGGGUUAGCUGUCCUAGCUAAAAAAAAUGCGAAAAAGGGGGUGCCCUAAGCCCCUAACUAAUUUGUUCCCUAGAUGCUAUAAAUACCCUCUCCAGCUUCCUCUCUAUUAAUACAGCCCCAAAUCUCUCUCUCUCUCUCCAUGGCCAUGGAUCUCCCCUCCAAUUUCGAGUUGGUUGAUAACAGUACACUCACUGAAAUCACAAAGUUUACAAUCAAACACGUGUACUUGCAUCACAUCUAUUCCGGGCCAAACCCAAAUCAGUUACAAUUAAUAGCCGGCACUAAUGGGUUUGGCUCGACUUUUGUUAACAGUUGGGAAAUAUAUGAUGGGGUCGGCCCUAAGGCACAUGUGAUUGCCCGUGCGGAUGGUCUACAUAUGCAUUCUAAGAGUUGGCACAAUUCGUUCUCCAUGUUGUUCGAGGUUGAAAGGUUUAAGAACUCCACUCUUCAAGUUCUGGGGUCAUCCGUUGAGAAAGAAGGUGAGUGGGCUAUCGUGGGUGGGACCGGUGAAUUCGCAAUGGCACGUGGCGUCAUCAAGAUAAAAGUACAUGAGAAAAUACCUGGUGGAGAAAUACUUGAGCUUGAUAUCCUUGGAUAUUGUACUAUGCCGAGCCGUGCUCUUGCUGUUACGAAAAGUGAAGCAUGGGGUUCAAACGGAAAUUUCGUUCAUGACAUCAACGAAAAACCUUUGCGUCUACGGAGUGUGACCGUUCGCACCAGCGACCUCUUCGAUGGAAUUAAGUUUACUUACAUUGACCAAACUGGGCAGACUCGUACCGAAAACCUAUGGGGUUUUAGUCAAGAUGGAUCGGAGCACACAGUCACACUUGGUCCUUCAGAGUUUCUGAAGGAAGUAUCCGGUGUAAUUGAUAACUCCAAUGAGCCGAACUAUUUUGUACGGUCAAUAAAAUUGGUCACCAAUCAAAGAGAGUUUGGACCUUUUGGUGGAGCUCAAGGUGGUACUGAGUUCAAAAGCAGGGUGCCAGAGGACAGCAUGAUUGUGGCUUUCCAUGGCAGCAGUGGCGAUAAUUGGCCCGGCCAUUAUAGGAUGCACUCGAUCGGUGUUUACUCGAUUCCUCGGAACGUCCUCACUACCUAGUAAUACUGCUGCUGAUUGCGGCUCUUUUAGCCAACGUGUUUGUUUAAUUUGUUUGGUUCCAACAAAAGAUGGUCAGGGUCAUAUCCUGCCAGCCAGUAAUCCGAGUUCUUGUCA